UAGGAUGAGUAACGAACGCGUAGGAGAGAGAUAAUCAGGACCGUGAGAAGAGUGUGAUUAGAGAUCUCCGCUGGCGCUACUAUGCAUAUACUACACAUAUAAAUAUAGAAUAGAUAGACAUAAGGCAUUGGAAUAUAGAAUCACAAUUAUUUUUAGGUAUUUUCUUGGUUCAUUGGUUGGUUGCCAAGAAAGAGAAAGCAGAGAUUAGAAUUUGGUGGGCUUUUCAGUCAAGGCAACGAAAUCUCUAGAAACACCACAACCGACGAAGCUCUGGAUUCCACCUCUUCCCGUCCUUGGAGACGGUGGCUAUGCCGCUUGGCUUUCAGGUUGUGGAAAACUUGGAUCUAAACAAAUUUCUUGUACUUUUCAAGACAUGGAGCGAGCAUGCUUCUGGUCAAAUUGUUUUCAUUACUCCGUUGUAUCAUUCCAGGAAGUUCUUGACUGGCGAUUUCUCAUUGUCGGAGAUUUUCUUCUGGUUUCUUUCGUUAAUUGCACUUAGUGGUCAGUUGCUCUUCAAUGAUCAGGAAAGGAGGCGUGAUGCUAGGUACUUUUGAAGUAGGUGUUGGAUCUUUAUUGCACUUGUACCAUGUAUUGCUGAUACAACAUCCUGUCCAACUCUCUGGGAAUUGUUCUUCAGGGGGCUGACUUCUGCUGCUAAUCUGCAGUUGAAGACUGCUAGUAGUCAAUACGAGAUAAUUGAUAUACUGGGAUCUCUGCAGACUACUUAGUUAUAGGUAUUUUUUCGUUUUUACUUCUGAUGGGUAUUGUUUAAAGGUGGUGAGACAUCAACUAGCUGAGGAUUUUCUACAAGUAUUAGUAUUAGCUGUUUCUCAAUUUAAUAUUGAAUCGAGGAGACGCUAUCUUGAGCGAAGGGCUCGUUUCUUUCAAGUGUCAAUAUGUUCUGUAGUACUUGUCCGUACACACUGUGCAUGCCAUGUCACUGUCUUCAAGCAUUUGGGUUAGUAAUAAAUAAGGUUGCCCAUCAGAAAGUCUCUGGUUCUGUGCCCAUGCAUGUUGCCUUAGAAAAUUAAUGGUGGAUUCAGCUGGACCGACAAGGCAGUUGUGAAUAUAUUGUAGUCUGUUUUAAGGACCGUCUUACUGAAGAUAAAUGCCACUUGUCUUUUGUACAAGUUUUAAUACUUAAAUAAAUACAGAGCUGCUUUGUAUUCAACAAGAAUGGAGAGGUACACAUUAAUAAAGGAAGUUGGUGAUGGAACAUUUGGAAGUGUUUGGCGAGCCAUUUAUAAGAGAACUGGUGAAGUGGUUGCAAUUAAAAAAAUGAAGAGAAAGUACUUUUCGUGGGAGGAAUGUGUCAAUCUGAGAGAGGUGAAGUCACUACGCAAAAUGAAUCAUCCUAAUAUUGUGAAGCUUAAGGAAGUCAUCCGUGAAAAUGACAUCUUGUACUUUGUGUUUGAAUACAUGGAGUGCAAUCUUUACCAACUAAUAAAAGACAGGCAGAAGCUUUUCUCUGAAGCUGAGAUUAGAAAUUGGUGUUUCCAAGUUUUUCAAGGACUUGCUUAUAUGCAUCAGUCUGGAUAUUUUCAUCGGGAUCUAAAGCCUGAAAAUCUGCUAGUAACAAAAGAAUUGAUCAAAAUUGCUGAUUUUGGUUUGGCUCGAGAAAUUAAUUCUAUGCCACCAUAUACGGAAUAUGUCUCAACACGUUGGUAUCGAGCCCCUGAAGUGCUGCUACAAUCAUGCCUUUAUAGUUCUAAAGUUGAUAUGUGGGCGAUGGGUGCUAUCAUGGCUGAGUUGUUUACUCUACGCCCUCUAUUUCCAGGCGCUAGUGAAGCAGAUGAAAUCUACAAAAUCUGUAGUGUAAGAGGCAGUCCAACUGAGGAUUCAUGGGCUGACGGUCUUCGCCUUGCAACUGAGAUCAAUUAUCAAUUUCCAAAGUUUGCAGGUGUUAAUCUGACAGCGCUCAUUCCAUCAGCAAGUGACAAUGCUGUCAACCUGAUCAAUGCACUUUGUUCAUGGGACCCUUCAAAGAGGCCAACAGCAUUGGAGGCCCUUCAGCAUCCUUUCUUUCAGAGUUGCUAUUAUGUUCCUCCUUCCCUUCGUCCCAGACCAGCGACUGUUGCUAGAACUCCCCCAUCUGCUACAAGAACAAGAGGAUUAUCAGAGCAACAAUGCGUGAAAAAAUAUUCUGGGACUUUAUCUAAUUCGAAGCCAAGCAAUUUUUCUUCACCUAAAGUACAUGCAUCUUCAGAUCUUGGAGUGCAGCGCAAACUGGAUAUGGUUAGCCAGGAUGCAAAAAAGAAUGAGAAAUCUUUGAAGAGCUCUGGAACUCAACCAAAAUAUCGACCCCCAGUAAAGAGCAAUCCAAUGUCAGUGAAUAGGGUUAGAGGAGCGCGUGAAGUUUCUGAUGCAUCUGAGAAGCUGGCUAACAUGACAAUUGGUUCCCGUAAGCCGAUGGUGGGGCAGCGUCCCCCAGUGAAGGCCGGAGCCCCUCCUGUGAAGACUGGAGCACCUUUGUUGAAAACUGGAGCCCCACUUUUGAAGGCUGGAGUCCAGUGGAAUGGCGGGGCUGGUGAUGUGUAUUUAAGGCCGGUCCCUCAUAUCCAACCUGGAAGAACCUACACCAGGAAAGUUGUGGGAUGAGAAGGUUUUAGAGGUGUUGUGUUGGUUUUAUGAUGUCUUGAAUACGUGAGUGGUGGCCCUGUUUGGAUUUUCGAACCUACCGUUAUCUACAUACUGUGUGUGAUGGCAUUUACUUUUGUGUCGGUGUUUUCGUUGGGUGUCUUGCAUGCUUUGCAGCUUGUUAUGUAUGCAGUUGGCCUUUUGAGUCUUGACUGGGAUUGAAGGCUAAUAAAUAAUUUUAAAUAAAAAAAACCAUCCUUUCUCUAA